CUUUUUUCUUAAAAAGGAAAAGUUAAAACUCAUUUUGAUUCUAAAUUUAUAAUCCAAUUAGUACGAUUGAAUCAAGCUCAUCCAAUCCCUACGAAAAGCGAUGGCUGCAGCGAACCCUAAAGAAGCGGUGUGCGUGACCGGAGCUAAUGGUUUCAUAGGCUCAUGGUUGGUACGCACCCUCCUUGAAGACGGCUACACCAGCAUCCACGCUUCGAUUUACCCAGGGUCAGACCCAACGCACCUGUUCUCUCUCCCCGGCGCGACUUCCCCAAACGUGCGGCUGGAGGUGUACGAGGCAGACGUCUUGGACUACAGCGCCGUCCUCAAGGCAGUGGAGGGAUGCCAGGGUGUGUUUCACGUGGCCUCUCCCUGCAUUCUGGAGGACCCCAAAGACCCAGAGAAGGAGCUGGUGGUGCCUGCUGUGCAGGGCACACUCAACGUGCUUGAAGCUGCCAGAAAGGCCAAGGUCAGGCGCGUGGUUCUGACUUCCUCUAUAUCAGCUAUUGUGCCUAACCCCAAUUGGGAUCCUGAAACGAAAGGUGCCUUUGAUGAGUCAUCCUGGACAGACCUGGAAUAUUGCAAGGGGCGACAGAAAUGGUAUGCAGUGUCAAAGACUCUGGCUGAGAAAGCGGCAUGGGAAUAUGCAGAGAAGCAUGGAGUGGAUGUAGUGGCAAUCAAUCCAGGCACUUGUUUAGGUCCUCUGCUGCAACCCAAGUUGAAUGCCAGCAGUGCAGUUCUGCUGCAGUUGUUGCAAGGCUCCAAAGAUCCUCAGGAGUUCCAUUGGUUGGGAGCAGUGCAUGUUAAAGAUGUGGCCAAGGCACACCUAUUAUUGUUCCUAUCUUCUGCUGCUUCUGGUAGAUAUCUUUGCACCAAUGGCAUCUAUCAAUUCGCUCAGUUUGCUCAAACUGUCUCUGAACUUUUCCCUCACUAUCCUGUCCACAGGUUUACUGGGGAUACACAUCCGGGCUUAGUUCCUUGCAAAGAUGCAGCCAAGCGAUUAAUUGAUCUGGGUCUAGUCUUCACCCCAGUUGAAGAAGCUGUCCGUGAGACUGUGGACAGUUUGCUAGCCAAAGGCUUCCUGAAACCGCAGCAGAUGUUACAGUCUUAGAAAGUACAAAGUUUCUUCUGUUUUUAUUUUUUUCCUGUUAUUUCUUCUUCUCUAUCAAUCUAGAGUGUGGAGUUAAAACUUUUCUUUCUUUUGUUGGUUAUGUUUAUUUAGCUGUCAUAAUCAUGGAUGCAAUAAGAAGGUGGGUGCCUUUUUAAAGUUUAAA